UGAAUUUAGUUUUACCCUCGUGCGGUUAGGAACCCAUUCUAUUCCACCGGUUCUAUGCCACUGGCAGACUUUUGCUGUCCGUUGUCAAUCUGUGGCCGCCUGCCACCCUUUAAGCAGUCACUUGCCAUGCCGCUUUUCAACAAGAAGUUCGAAUCGAAGCCCAUUCCGGUGCGUCAGGGUCGCUGCAAUAUUGGCCAUCCUUUGGCCACCGAGGAGCUGGACGACUUCCGCCAGAUCUCCCUUACACUGGGCAAUAAGGAGCUGCGUUUCGCAGACGGCAUCUGGAUGCAUUCGUCCCGGAAGGGCGAUGUGGACGACAUGCUCAGGCUGAACAAGAAGUUUAGGGCCCUCGAGGAGGAGAACAAUAUGUGCAACCUGAAAAUCGAGGUUAUGCUGGAUCUUCUGGCGGAGCAUGCCACGGAACUUGGUGAAUUAAAACCAAAGUAGGAGAAGAGGGAAAUAAAGAAGACUUGAUUUACUGGCAAAGGCAUUUCUUAUAAUUAAAACCCUGUCCUUACAUUAGAAGAAAAAAUGGGUGUAACCAUUAAUGCUUAGUGAAAGAAAGAUCAUCUUGUGUUUCUAAAAUAUAAGCAUAGUACAUUUUAGAUUUGU